CGAGCGCCUGCAGGAGCUGCUGCUGUCCUUCUUUCCAUGAUGAUCUUAAGGCCUUGGAGGUCCUUCCACUUCCUGGGCUUGAUCUUGGUCCUCGGCCCCGUGGGGGCUUGGUACAAGCACGUGGCCAGCCCGAGAUACCACACCGUGGGGCGAGCUUCAGGGCUCCUGAUGGGGGUCGGACGGUCCCCUUACCUGUGGCGCCGGGCAUUGGCGGAGGAGCUGGAGCAGAGCCCGGAUGCGGGCCCCUACCUGCCCACCAACAGGGUGGCUGCUCCGUGGCUGAGGUUGCAGCAAUACCCAGCAGAGGCUGAAACGUGGACUGCGCUGAAGCAACCUCACCUGGCGUCCCAGGGGCCACCUGAGAAGAGGAAAGCCGGCAAGAGAGCCUUCCUGCCGCAGGCCUCUCUGAGAACCCGAGCCGUCAGGACCCUCCUGGGUGUCCUUCAGCACCAAGGAAGAACUCCGGCAUCCCGGCAAAAAGCCACCCUGUUCCCAGGGCUCUCGGAGAGGGUGGCACAGAAGAAAGAACAACCAGGAACUUCUCGGGAAAGCAGGGUUUUCAAGCCCGAGAUCUGACCUCUGAUGGAACGAGGUGCCCGGCCAACAGAACUGACUGCAGGGUGCCAGCGAAGAGAUGCAGAAGUUGUUUCUUGUACUCAGGAGUGGAAAGAUUUCAGAACACUUCUUUGCACCAAGUCGUGACUGUACAGAAUUUCCUUAGGUGACUCCAGGCUGCCUGUUCUCUUCUGAUCGAAGGAUCGUGGCCCCCAGCUCUUUGAUCCCCUUUCUCCGGCUGGUGGCUCCCGGGAUCCCUCUUGUUUCCCAGACAAGUUCGUGUUCACAGCUAGGGUUGGGGAGCAUGGAAGAGGCAUCUCGAUGACCAUUUGCCGCUCCUGAUCCUAGAACAGCUUCUGUGCGAUAACGA